AAUAAAAAUUAAUGUGAUAUUUUCUUUUGCUCAAGUGGUCGUCAAUAAUUCUGAGGACAAAUAUGUAUAAAUUAGAGAACUUAUUUCAUUAACAGGUCUCAGCCAGGCACUUAACUACUGAAUGUUGACUCAGGGGGAAAAAAAAAAAGCCAACAAACAAGGCUGCAGAGCUGUGUUCAGGAUACUGGACUUUAACUCUCUGACUGCAGAUAAUACUACUACAGCGAGCUGACCUGCAAGAUGGAUCUUUGAGAUCAAAGGCUACAAAUUAUGAUGUUUGCCUUUUAAGAAGUAAAUGCUACUCUGACUUUCUUAGUUUGCACAUUUCAACUGGAAGCCACAACAUGGAUUCAUGGUAUCUGCCUUGGUUUCUGUUCUUUGCCAUUCUCUUCCUGGUUCCUGGCUUGCCAACUCCGGAAAACUUUGUUAAAGAUGUAGAUGGUGGAAUUGAUCAAGAUAUAUUUGAUAUCAAUGAAGAUUUGGGGCUGGAUCUAUUUGAGGGAGACAUCAGACUUGAUGGGGCACAAGAUAGAAAUUCCAUCAUUGGAGAAAAAUACAGAUGGCCUCAUACCAUCCCAUAUGUUCUAGAAGAUAGCUUGGAAAUGAAUGCUAAGGGAGUUAUCCUUAACGCAUUUGAACGCUAUCGCCUAAAAACAUGCAUUGACUUCAAGCCUUGGACUGGAGAAGCUAACUAUAUAUCAGUGUUCAAGGGCAGUGGCUGCUGGUCUUCAGUGGGCAACAUGCAUGUUGGGAAGCAAGAACUCUCCAUCGGGGAGAACUGUGACCGAAUAGCGACAGUUCAACACGAGUUCCUCCACGCCCUGGGGUUCUGGCAUGAGCAGUCUCGUUCCGAUCGGGAUGACUACGUCAUGAUAAUGUGGGACAGGAUUCUGUCAGGCAGAGAGCACAAUUUUAACACCUACGAUGACCAAGAAUCAGACUCCUUGAAUGUUCCCUAUGAUUACACGUCAGUAAUGCACUACAGUAAGACGGCUUUCCAAAAUGGAACAGAACCAACAAUUGUAACACGAAUCUCAGACUUCAUGGAUGUGAUCGGCCAGCGAAUGGAUUUCAGCGACUAUGAUCUCUUAAAGUUGAAUCGACUGUAUAAUUGCUCCUCUUCCUUGAGCUUUCUGGACUCGUGCAACUUUGAACUGGAAAACGUGUGCGGUAUGAUUCAAAGUUCAGGUGACAGUGCUGACUGGCAACGGACUUCCCAGGUCCCCAGGGGCCCAGAGAGCGAUCACUCCAACAUGGGCCAGUGCAAAGGUUCUGGUUUCUUCAUGCAUUUCAACAGUAGCUCUGUAAGUGUGGGGGCCACAGCAGUACUGGAAAGUAGAACAUUCUACCCUAAAAGAGGAUUUCAGUGCUUGCAGUUUUAUUUAUAUAACAGUGGAAGUGAAAACGACCAACUGAACAUCUACAUCAGGGAGUAUUCUGCAGACAACGUGAAUGGUACUCUAACGCUUGUGGAAGAAAUAAAAGAUAUACCCAUUGGAAGCUGGCAACUUUACCAUGUGACAUUGAAAGUGACCAACAAAUUUAGAGUGGUGUUUGGAGGGGUCAGAGGCACUGGUGCAUCAUUGGGUGGCCUGUCUCUUGAUGACAUCAAUCUUUCAGAAACACAGUGCCCUCAUCAUAUCUGGCAUAUAAAGAAUUUCACACAGAUUAUUGGCAGCUCGAAUGAAACUAUAUAUAGCCCCCCAUUUUAUUCUUCUAAAGGUUAUGCCUUCCAGAUUCAGUUGAAUCUGAAUCAUUCAACUAACGCAGGAAUAUAUUUCCACUUGAUCUCUGGAGCCAAUGAUGAUCAAUUACAAUGGCCAUGUCCUUGGCAACAAGCCACGAUGACACUCUUGGAUCAAAAUCCUGACAUUCGACAGCGUAUGUCCAACCAGCGGAGUAUAACUACAGACCCAUUUAUGACCACCGAUAAUGGAAACUAUUUUUGGGACAGGCCAUCCAAAGUGGGAUUAGUGGCUUUUUUCCCUAAUGGAACGGAGUUUAGAAGAGGUAUGGGCUUUGGAACCGCUGCCUUUAUAACCUACAAGAGGCUGAAAAGCAGAGAUUUUAUAAAAGGAGAUGAUGUUUAUAUCCUACUGACCGUGGAAGACAUAUCCCACCUUAAUUCUACACAAAUUCCACCAAUCCCAACCUCUAACAUCAAUGACCUCUGCACAAACUUCAAAUGUGAGAACGACGGCAUCUGCGUUGUCCGAAAUGGCAAGGCCGAGUGCAGGUGUCUGUCAGGGGAAGACUGGUGGUUCCUGGGCGAAAGGUGCGAGAGGAGAGGCUCCACCCAGGAUACCAUUGUCAUCGCUGCAUCUUCUACCGUUGCUGUGUUUGCCCUGAUGCUGAUAGUCACCCUCGUCAGUGUCUAUUGUACCAGGAAGAGAUAUCGUAGGAGGACAACUUCAAAUACAACAGACAUGACUCUGGAAAAUCAGCAUGCAUUUUGAAGAUUAACUCAACAAUAUGGCCAGCAAAUGAAAUUACAAAGGAUUCUUCAUCACGGAUUUCACCUAGAAUAUAUUACAACUGCCUUGUUCUUCUGUAAAUGGAUCUUCUCUGUAAAUAGCUGGACAUACUAUAAAUCACUAUUUUGUUAAAAGUCUAA